AGUCCAUCCUCCUCGGUCCUUCAGGGUAAUGGCUGCUAGGUGAGAUGAGCGGAUCGGCCGCAUCCCUUGAGUGCGAGGCGCUUCCAUCAAGAGGACCGUUAACUCGGGUGGUUCCGAGUUAAAAUGGUCGAUAUCCGACCUGAAAAGCAUCCUGAAAACAUUUUACUUACUGAAAGCCUCGUCCUUCUCUCGUAAGUAUCUCUUUUUUCUUCUUUUUUAUGGGAGCUAGCUCAGGAUGUGUUUCAGUCUGUUGGCUAACCAUGCUAACGUUAGAGACAGCUUUGUGCUUCACUUUAAAUAGCUUAAGUUAACACCAACUGACCUUUUUUGGUUCUGUUUUAAUCCAAAAGUUGCGUUUGUUGUUUCUUAUUCCCUGCUGUGUUACAGUUAGCUCGGUUACGGACUGUUGCUAACUGUCAGAGAUGCUAGUCGACAGCGUUAGCAUGAAUUAUUGGCACUGUGCCUCCUCCGUGCGCGAUGCAGCUCUUCAUCACUAAACAGCACGUACACCGACACACAUACACCACCAGUUAAUGCCCAAUAGAACAUGGUUUAUUCAGUUAUUCAGUUUUUCUGUCAUUUACUGUGCCGUAGUACACAAACCAGCUCAGCUCAGAGUGUUGCAGUCUUUAGCUGAGAGAUUUUUCCUGUCGUCGAGACGGAGGGGUUACUAGAGUUCAUGGCGUACCACAAUCGAUGCAGCACUCACUCACUCAUCUGUAAUGUGUGCGCGUUUUGGUUUACAUGAGUGAUGUUUGGCUAAACACACACAUACAGAUUAACCUCUACCUUGUCAUGCUUUCCAACUUCCUGAUAAUAGAUUAAGAUAGAUAUAAAUACAGCGGUAGACCGAGCCGUUAUAUAAGCCCGGAUUCUGCGAGGUGAUCUCUCUCUCUCUCUCUCUCUCUCUCUCUCUCUCUCUCUGGUCAGUGAUCGUCGUGGUGAAUUCAAAGUUAUGUAAGAUACCAGGGUUCUGUCCUCGGCUGCAUAUUUGUGGGCAUCUCGGACAGAAUGGUGACUCGUGUUUUUACCAAGAUUAAACUUUACCCUAUAAGAAUAAUGUGCAUAGCUCAGCCGAGGCUAACGUUCAGGCUACUUAUUUAUGUUUUUUACAACUUACCAUUCAGCUACCAAGAGAUUAACCUGAACUAGUUAUUAAAUCAAGUGAUGGAGAUAUUCCGCUAAGAAAUGCUGUGGAAUAAUUAUGACUCACCUCGAGAGGUUUUUCCCCUUAAAUGGCUUCAAAGAGAUUGGGAUGCAUUUAGGGAUGUAACGAUUUGAAAAUUUCACAUCAUGAUUAUCCUGAUAAAAAUUAAAAUAUGUUCAAAAUGUUUAAAAAGUACUUCUACACGCCCUGAAAUCAUUUAACAAUGUUUUAUUUUGAAACAAAAUCAGAAUGACACCUCAUGAAACUCAUUGAGAUCCUUUUGUGUAAUUUUUUAAUAAGACUCUGGCCAUUUUUAUAGAGUUAAAUCCAAAAAUGCCAAAAUUUGCCCUAUCUCACAAUGGUAAAGAAUCCUUCAAAAAAAUCCUGGAUACAGAAGGCAAUCUGGAUGACCAUCAAAAUUUGAUGGGAUCCUCCUGGGGCUGAGACGCACCUCUGGUGAAAAUUUCAGGUCAAUCCAUCUGUAACUUUCUCCGUAAAGUUGUUCACAGACAAACAGACAAACAAACCAAUGCUACCGAAAACAUAACCUUCUUGGUAGAGGUAACAAAGUACAAAGUAAUGUGCCAGUGGCAUAAACAUUAACAUACAGCAGAGUAAAGUGCACUGCAAAUUAUUUCGAGUACAUGUUCUCGCAAAGUCGGGGAAUACCUCAAAUCUUUUUCACCACCUUAAGCAGUGCCACACGGCAGAGCACGCGCAACACAAGGAGUGAAGCAAGGGGCCCAUGGCACCUGUGCAGCCGAAACAGCCGACCAUUCAGUCCGCUCACUCAAACGCAACGCCUUACGACAAAACGUUAAAGAGAUGCAAAGACCUCACAGGUGCAGUAGCUUAUUGUAUUGCAAAAGACAUGCUACCAAUAAGCACUGUUAAAUUUCAUUUUUUUUAUAUUGUGACAUACAUCGAUAUCGACUGGAAUGAAAAAAUACAUAGUGAUAAACUUUUUCCCAUAUCGCCCAGCCCUAGUUGCAGACCAACUGCAACAAGUCUAAAGUCGGUGUAAAUAUAGUGUUGUGAAGACAUGUACGAGUCUCCUAGUGUACUUCUGUUUACACAGUGAACACUGAGUGCCACCAGAGUUAUUAGCCACCAGAGAAGCUGCAACACAAUUUACACACCCUGUAUGUUUCUCCUCAUGCCUCUGUUAUUGGGUUGAGCCGUUGCUACAGAGCAAUGUUGUAAAUCAUUGUGUAGGACAGUUUAGCUGCAACAUUUGAUUUAUACGAUGUGUGCAUUAGUAUGAUGGAGUCAGCAUUUACCCUCUAAACAGCAAACAUGGAGGAAAGCAUAUCCUCUUGGAUACCAGGCUGAUGAUGUUGAUCUCUUAUUGAGAAAAUACACAUUUUUGACUACUCUGUGUAACACUUUUUUUACUUGAUUUUUCCAUCAGGUAGAGAAAAACAACAUGUGGUUUUAUUCAGGUAUCUGCUUAGUGUAUUAAAGUGACCCAACUGGUAAAACUGUGGGCUGCAGCUGUGCUCGUCAUGUCAGCUUGUACCAACACACUACAGACACAGAGAUUGAGAUUUUCUUUUAACAGAGCAUUACCCCAUUUUUGGACACACUUCAGUGAGAAGUCAAUGCCAGAGAGAUUUCCUAGACUGGCAAAGCUGGCACACACACCAGCGUCUCUGCAAAGUGUGUUUUUUGCUGCUGCUGCUGCUGAACUGCGGCCAGGUUGAUGUGGACGUGUGUUUAUUUUUUUUAUAAGUUCAAGUUUGCAGAAAACUGGAAACUGUGACUCUGAAAUACACAAAUCUUUCAGUUUUUGCAGCGAUUCCAUAUUUAAAAUUCUGAGUCUAUCUUUAUAAGACUUUGUCCACUGAGAUUUAUUUGUUAUUAGUCUGCUCUGCACGUUGAUAUAAGAUUUAUUCAAAGUUUUGUAAGCCUCUGUUUGUACUGUAGUCAUGCAGUACAGUCAGUUACUUUUAAUAUGUUCAUUUGUUUGCAAAAAUGCAUUUUGAGAGCAAUAAUUAAUUGGUACCAUUUCCAAAGAUCAAUUGUGGAGAAUUCUUUAAAUUUGCAUUCCUAUUGCAGUUCCUAGUUGUGGGAGUCAAAGUUGAUCAUGUUGCUGCUGCUCCUGUUUUGCUCUGUGUACAAUCUCACUUUUAAGUUAAUGCAGUGAAGUCUUUUCAGUUUCAUUCUUUUCCAUGCUCGCUGUUUUUUUCCCCCAAGAUUGUUUUCUUUUUUGUUUCUCUAAAUGAGAAGAAGAGAGGCACAUGUCUCUGGCAGGCACAUAUAAACGCGAGGAGGGGCGCAGUCUACAAACAGAGUGGGUUUUACUUGGCAGUAGUGUACAGCUGAGCUUUGUUGACUGAUCCACCCUGCACAAAUACACAGAAAGGCAGAUGAAGCAGUCUUUGAAUUUGUCAUGAAUUUUAUUUCAACAGCCAGAGAUGUUGCAGGGACCUGAAGGUGGUGAUUGGAGAGGGUCCCUGGAAACUUUGUGGGUCACUGAUCAAAUUUAGAUGUUUAGAAACAGUGGUACUAAACUUGUGUUGGUGUUAAAAUGAUAUGGUUAUAAUGAACAGAUAUUAACAUUUUUAUUUGAAAUUCUAAAAAAAAAGAUUCAAACAGAGAGUGUUUCUGUAGCAUCAUAGAAAGGAACUCAAAUGAAUCCAAAUAAAAAUCUAAUACAAACAAAAUGUUUAUCUUUUCCCUCUGUGGCAUUUUUCAAAUGCUUUUGUUGUUGCUUAAGGUCCUUUCACCCCGGGACCGACGCAAAUAUACAACGCCAAAUUACGAAAUAUUCGGAGGCGAAUUUUGACGUGCCUGACUAUACACAUCAAGCGUGAUGCGAUUUUGCGACUUUCCAGGGGGGAAAAGACGCGUCCCGGGUGGAAGCGAGAAGACUGACACAACUGCAGACUGAGUGUUUUUCAGUUCUGAUUAGACACUAAUGUUGAGAUGUCUGUCUGUCAUGAUAGCAUGUACUGAGUCGGGGCCAGUACCAGAUAAGCACAUUAAACUUUAAUCCAUAAACGUAAGGUAACAACCGAGACCUAAUUGUGCUGUGAAAGCAACACUGUGAUUGAGUUUGAGACAUUGAAAAUACAUAUGGUAUGUUGUAUCUGAACAGGUUAGCUUAAGAGCUAAAGUUACUUAGCACAGAUGAAAGUUAAAACAAAGACCUUUAGCAAUCUGUUAAAGCACACAAACCAUCAUCAUAUGAGAAAUCCGACGCUAUGACUCUCCACAAGUGGUCCUUCAGGUCGUUAUCUUUGUAAUGUUUGUGUCUUUCAUCAAAAAUCACUCUGUUCUCCCACACGUAAACAAUCAGCCGGUCAGCCAUGUUGGAUAUACCGGUGAGGCAGACGUCGCAACAACACGCAAUCUGAUUAGUCAGAAGUGGACACACAGUAUGUGAAACUUUAGAAAAUUCGACCGAUAUAUGAAAGAAUAAAUACCGCAAUAUCGCAGGACGGGAAAACAUUGCUGAUGUGAACGCUUGUAUUGAGGAGGACACAGGAUACAGGUUCGAAAUAAAAAUAUUGAUGUCGGAAAUAAUCGCAUGAAAAAAACGCUCCCGGUGUGAAAGGACCUUUACUCUGGGGGAAAAAAACACAGAGUUCAGAGCCUGAAGCUACAAGGAAAAUCAAGACACAAUUGACAUCGAUGCAGUAGCUUUGAUUUUUGCGUCUGCACUACUUAGUCCGAAUUUUCUAACAGAUGCAGAGAAACAGACAGGAUAGAAUAAGUGUGAGAGGUGAAUUCUGCCCUAGCAAAGACUCUGUGUUCUUAAUAAUAGAAAACAAGUUUGUCUAUAUCGAUGAUGAUCGGUUUCAGCCAAAAUGAGAAAACAUUGGCAGAUUUGAUAUUGGCAGAAAUCUGACAGUGUUCAUCCCCAAGAGUCACAUCAGGAUUUGUUACACAAAACAGUUUAUCAUAAGUCUCUCAUUCAUUCAAUACUGUGUCUGUAACUGCGACUUCUUUAAAUAUUCAAGUAACUGUCAAAGAAGUGUAAUUGAAAACUGAACGAAGACUCACGCCUUUUUAUUCCAAUCAUCAACUAUAAAUAAAGUCUUAACUGCUGGGCAGAGGAAUUGCAAUGAGACAGGGAGUUUUAACACCACCCACAUGCCAAACGCAGUAAAAAUCCGCUGCUGCUGCUGCUGCUGCUGCUGCUGCUGCAGGGAGGUGAUUUCUAUGCAGAUUCAUCUUUUUUUUUCUAAUUCAUUGUCCCUCAUCCUUUUCUAACCCUGCUUAUCUCCACCACAUCCUAGUAAAUCUCCAUCUCCUUUUUUUGUGCGUCGUUUCUCUUUCUCUGCAGCGAACCCACUGUUUACAUUCCGUCUUAGUGGUCAGUUCUGCCUGCCAAUCAGACGCUAAGCUGAGGCCAUGGCAGUGAAGGACCGUUUGGAGGCGGUGCUUAAUGUGGGUCUGCGUGUUCCUAGCAUCAUGCUGCUGGACGUCCUGUACCGCUGGGAUGUCAGCUCCUUCUUCCAGAAGAUUCAGCGCUCCAGUCUCUCCAAUAAUCCCUUGUUCCAGUACAAAUACCUGGCUCUCUACCUUCACUACGUAGGUCAGUGUCAGCACACAUACACACACACACGAACACACACAGCCUGCUCCAGCACAAAUACAUUCCCCCCAUGUUUUAACACUCCCCAGAAGAUUAGUGUAAAACAAACUGAUUAUAUAAAAGCUUUGCACAGUCUGCCCUGCAUACGGUUUGACACUUUUGAUCAUGUAACUGCCUCGUGUCAGCGGAGUUGUCGAGACUUGCAGCAGGUGUUCUGUUGGAAAAUUUGACUCUGUUAAUAAUUAAUCGCCCAAAGUAGUUUCUGUUCCGCUAAUUGUAGGUCAAACUCCUUCAGCAGACUUCUGCCCCUCAGUCACAUUUGCAUGAUUUUCUCACCUUUUACCAUGCAGCAGUUUUUUUAAACUGUUCAAGCGUCCAAGACGUUCAAGCGUCAGUCAUGAGACUGUGCUCUGUCAGGAUUUCAGGACAGUUGGAGGGGAUUGUCUGGCGCCGGGACAAGUAUCGCAUGAUCAAAGCUCCUGUACUUACUGGUGAAAUAAAAAUUAGGAUGCUGCCAUAAACCAGUUUUACUCCUGGCAUCCAUGCAAAGAGGGUAAACCAGUGAGGUUGAAUGUGGGACUGGUGCUUAAAACUUUGGAGGCUGCGUUGCACGGAGCCUGACGAAAUAAAUAAAACACAAACAGCAUUUUAAGAGAACGCCAUCUUUCAUCAAUACCAAACUGUUCAACUUUUUUACUGUUUCCUUGCUUCAGUUAAAUUCUCUAUAUCUUCUUAUUCUUGCUUUCAGCUUCUGAGGAUUAAGUUAAUGCAUAGCAGGGCUUAACUUUUUUCACAAGGAGCACAUGUGCUACUAAACUGAAAAAGUAAGGAGCACACAAAGAACUUUAGGGGCACAAUGAAAUUGUCAUAAUCAGCUAAAUGAUGUGAUAGAGCGAGCUGGGUCCAUCUGUUGGGGUUGACAGUUUGACUUCUGUUUCGGUUCUCUGGACAGUUUUUCAAUAAAGAGGCGGACUUUACGAGAAUUCCCUGUGGCCAAUACCUUUUUAUUACGAACAAGUUUUUCUACAACUGCACCAAAAACAAACAAACAAACAAACAAAAAACCUGAACUGUUCCUUUAAGUAGAUCUGACAUGUGAUUACCCAUGGAGUCAUGAGGAUGCUCGUUUCAUACCUGUUUUGUCACUUGUCUUUACUUGACAGGUGGUUUUACACGGCUUUGUGUAUCUUUUGCGCUUUGCAGGUUACAUCCUGAGCCUCGUGCUCCUGACUCUGCCUCGUCAACACCUGGUUAAACUCUACCUGUAUGUCCUCACGGCUUUGUUGCUGUUUGCUGGUCAUCAAGUGUCAAGGUAAGGCUUUGGAUGAGAGAGAAUGCUUGUUCCGGCAUCUAAAGUCUUUGUUAUUGUAGAUUAUGAUGUAUACCUGUUAAAGUGGCCUUUGAAAGUAUGGAAAGUUACAUUAUGCAAGAUGUAUGAAGUCAUUUAUUUCAGCCAUCAGUAAGCAUUCACUUGUAAUAUAUAAUAAGCCACAAUAGAUUUCCCUGUAAAUUGAGCCUGUUGACUUGUCUUUGUCAGGGAUUAUGUCCGCAGUGAGCUGGACUCUGGCCAUGAAGGACCCGUCUACCUGGAACCUCUCUCCAUGAACAGAUUCACCACUGCACUCAUAGGUACGAGAUUACACAUCAAUACAGAUGGAUGUUGUGCAGCAGGACUGUUCUGAGUAACAAUUCUUGGCCACCUCUACAUCUAGAAAGUUUGACACGGGACAAUAUUGUAGAGGAAAGACUUGGUUUUGUCCACGACUGCAGGAAUUUAUCCUCUGAAAAGACUGAACCAUGCUUUAUCCAAAUUAAGAGCUCUUACAUGUGUCUCUGACUCGAGUUUUCUGUAGAACAGAUGGUAGAGAAAGAUCAGCAUAUGCUUGGGUUUGAUACAUAGUAGGGUUGGGGGAAAAAAUCGAUUCAGACAAGUAUUGCGAUUUUUUGUUUUACAAUUUUUUAAUCACUUUUUAUGUUCAAAAAACGAUUUUUGUUUUCAAAUUUAAGAAUGAAUCUUAAAAACUGACUUAAAUGUGACGUGUAUUUUUAGGGGAAAUGCGGUUCCUGGAAAAGUCAGGAGACGAUCAUAAUCAUUCAGCUUUUUUACUGGUGUUAAAAAUGCAGACUAAAAAUCGACAAUAUCGUAGAAUCGCAGUUUAAAUUGAAUCGACAUCCAAAAUUUUAAAAGGAUCGAAUCGAGUGAUAAAAUUGAGCAUAUCGUCCCAGCCCUAAUACAUAGACUGUUGUAGAAUGGACGCCGUCUGCCUCCUUGUUGGGUGUAGCCACUCUGAGAACAGCACCUUCUGGUGUCAGACUGCAGUAUAGGUCCUAAAUCCCGCCUCCUCCAGCAAUCCCUGUGGAGCUGUGGACAAAUUUGAGAAAUUAAUUACACAGAAUAUAAAUGUUUCUCCCCCCUUGUUGCAAUGUUGACAUGUAGUUACUGUCAGACUGGUUUGUGCUUAAGUCCCCUUUUUCUGCACAGCUCCAUUUUUAAAAGUUAUUAGGGGGUUCAUGUUUUCUAUGAUUGACACUUGAUACAGUCUAUGGGAGUACAAAGAUUGCGUAGCUCAGACGGGGGAUAUGCUGUUUAAGCCGAGCGUCAUCACAGUGACUCUCCCUCUGACUGCGUACAAUGAGAGCGAUUCGGCUUUAGAUUCAUAUAAUGACAGGAGGCGGAGCCAAGUUGUCCAUAGUAUAUACAGUCUAUGGUUUGAUAGAGGACGAGCUAAAAAUCGUGCAGCACUGCUAACAAGCAUCACUAAAGAGGCGACACGACACGGACGCUCUCUGGACAUACAUUUUCUGAUCACCAUAUAACACAUGUGCCUAUGGAAAUGGACAUAAUGUUCUGAGGUCCAGAGGAUCUGGUUUCAUCUUUGAGUGUCGAUAUGGAGUCUCCUGUGCUAUAAAUAGACUGUGCUGAUUUUACUGCUCAGUGAAAGCCUGAGAAAGCAAAAUAACACGGACACUGAGGCAAAGAUAUGAGACCAUGGAGAGGAGGGGGGGGGGUCGAAGCUUCUAAGUGUGAAGGUGUCCUCCUAGAAAUACAGUUUUGUCAUUUUUAAUCACCACAAGUUUCAACUCUUGAUAUUUUCAUCAGGUUUUAUCUCCUGACCACACAUAGAUAUUUGUCUGUAUCAGUAAAAUUCUUUUUUAACAGUCUGUAGAUUCAUUUGGUCUUUGUGUCUGAAGUAUUCACACGUGUAUCCUCUUUAAGCGUCAUUGUCACUCGUUAUCUUUCAGGUCAGCUGGUGGUGUGUACGCUGUGUUCCUGUGUGAUGCAGACCAAGAGGAUUUGGCUUUUCUCUGCUCACCUCCUCCCUCUUGUGGCCAGACUGUGUCUUGUCCCACUUGAGACCAUCGUCUUCAUCAAUAAGUUCUCCAUGAUCUUCACAGGCCUGGAAGUCAUUUACUUCCUUGCGUCUAACUUGUUGGUACCAUACAACCUCGCUAAGACUGCUUACAGGGAGCUGGCCCAGGUAAAAUCAAGUUCACGUUUCUACUAUCGCUGGUUUUAUCACCAGAGAUUUCUGUCCCAUUAACCUCCAUCUCCUCUCUUCUCCAUCUUUGUCUCUCUUUCUGUCCCCAGGUGGUGGAAGUGUACGGUCUGCUCGCUCUGGGGAUGUCUCUGUGGAACCAGCUGGUCCUCCCGGUCCUCUUUAUGUGUUUUUGGCUGCUUCUGUUUGCUCUACAGAUCUACUCCUACUUCAGCACGAGAGACCAGCCUACCUCACGGGAGAGGCUCCUCUUUCUCUUUCUGACCAGGUGAGACUGCAGCGCUGAUUGGACUUACACUUGAUUGCAGAGGUGGGGGCUUGACGACUCGACUCGAGACUCGACUUGGACUUGAGUCCCGUUUUUGACUUGCUUGAUGAAAUCAAGAAAUGACUUGGACUCGCUUGGGACUUGAUUGCUAAAGACUUGAGACUUGACUUGACUUGAGCCCAGUGACUUGAAGUCUUUUCGAGUGAGUGCACUAUAUCAACGGGUCAGGGACAGGUCACGGGAGCUGCACCAGAAGUGAGACUCGACCAAAACUGUCGGAGCCAAACUCGGAGAGAGCGGUCUGGACUCCAACAAACUUUAGGAGCUGCGUUUGUAAAUUCUUCCGAUUUUGGGCAGACAUGGUAGAUGGAAAAAAUGCUGAGUGAGACCAAGUUAUAUGCAAGCUGUGUGAGCUAGAUAUUCAAAUAUGUGAACCUUUGUGUUAUUUAUUUAUUUUUUUUUCAUUUUUUCAUUUUGAGGUGAUUUUGACAGCCUUAUUAUCCAUUACAAACUGCAAGCUGCAAAAAACUAAAGCUUACAAACUGAACAAUAGUUCCUGUCUGGGAUCAGAAAUACAUUACAAAUUCAAACGCUUGUUUCUUGUGGUUCUUCAGUCAUGAGAAAAAUGUGCACAGCCAUCAUCAGCAGCCUGUAUAAUUAGAUCACAUUGUAAAGAAAUUGUCUUUCCUGUUUGAGUUUGUUUUGUCUGUUGUGUUUUACUUUUAACCCUCUUCCUCCUUCUUUGUCCUCCAGCAUCGCGGAGUGUUGUAGUACACCGUACUCCCUGCUGGGUCUGGUUUUCACCGUGAGCUUUAUCGCUCUGGGAGUUCUCACACUCUGCAAGUUCUACCUGCAAGGUUACAGGGCCUUUAUGAAUGACAACACCAUGCACAGGUUAGUGUGUGUUUGUGUGUGUAUAUCUGUGUGUGUUUGCUCAGGGUGUCGGUAAGUGACAUGAAGCGUUAAACACGUGUUUUACCUGUGUAUCUGUGCAGGGGGAUGACAGAGGGCAUCACCUUGCUGAUCCUUGCUGUCCAGACCGGCCUCAUUGAGCUUCAGGUCAUUCACCGAGCGUUCCUCCUCUCCAUCAUCCUCUUCAUCGUUGUUGCAUCUAUUCUGCAGUCCAUGCUGGAGAUCGCUGACCCCAUAGUUUUGGCCUUGGGAGCAUCAAGAGACAAGUAAGAAGUUUUUGUAUACACAAGUUUAUUUUGUUUUUGUUUGUUAUAUCUGUUAGAGGAAAGGGAAAUUUCUAAUGAUCUGUUUAUUUUUUGGUUCCUUCCUUCCGUGUCCUGUAGGAGUUUGUGGAAACACUUCAGAGCCGUGUCUUUGUGUCUGUUCCUGCUGAUCUUUCCGGCCUACAUGGCGUACAUGAUCUGUCAGUUCUUUCACAUGGACUUCUGGCUUCUCAUCAUCAUCUCCUCCUCCAUCCUCACGUCACUGCAGGUAGGCAGACAGGAUCUCGAAGAGUUUCUACUUUGGUUUAUGAGAACUGAUUGAAAUGUGAAGACUCUCUUUGGUCACCCACAGGUCCUCGGCACUCUGCUGAUCUAUGUUCUCUUCAUGGUGGAGGAAUUUCGUAAGGCUCCAGUGGAGAACAUGGAUGAAGUUAUCUACUGUGUCAAUGGGACCUACAGAUUACUGGAGUUCCUAGUGAGUUUCACGAAUGUACAGAUGUAUAUUAAAGGUGGGGUUGGCAGGAUCUGAGGAGAGAAAUCUUGAAUGUAAACUCUACCCUCUCAACCAGUUUUCCCAAGAUAUUCCCAAAUGUAAUCAAUAACUAAUAGCUAUUGACUGAUAUGAAAAGCUUUUUUGUAUAUACACCACAAAAAAAGAUACACCUUUAACAGAUUCCUGCCUAUUUUUAAAUGUACAUGAUCUCAAAGCCGUCCCCCUCUCACUGUGAAUGAUUUCCUCUGUUUCCAGGUGGCAGUGUGUGUGGUGUGCUACGGUGUGUCAGAGACAGUAUUUGGGGAGUGGAGUGUGAUGGGCAGCACCAUAAUCCUGGUCCACUCGUACUAUAAUGUGUGGCUCAGAGCCCAGCUGGGCUGGCAGAGCUUCCUGCUCAGGAGAGACGCUGUAAACAAGAUCAAAAGCCUCCCCACAGCGAGCAACACCCAGCUGGAACAGUACAACGACAUCUGUGCUAUUUGCUACCAGGUAUGAGCGGGAUUUGUGUAAACAGGGAGAGGAUAUGACCAGAAUGAGAUCUCAGGCUUUAAGUUUAACGCUUGGUUUGUGGGACGUGUAUCACAGCCUGUGUGCUUCUUUGUGUUUGUUUCCUCCAGGACAUGAACAGUGCUGUGAUCACUCCCUGCAGUCAUUUCUUCCAUGCUGGUUGUCUGAAGAAAUGGUUGUAUGUCCAGGAGACAUGCCCGCUGUGUCACUCCCAACUCAAGAGCCAACCGCCAAGCGCCGCCGGCCCCAAUCAAGACACCUCCGUGGCCAAUCAGAAUCCUGCUGGGCAGGAGGACGCCAAUAAUAAGCAGAACGAAUGCACUUCUUCAGAUGAUCAGAAAAAGGAGGGAGAAAUUGGACCUUCAACGUCAGAUGGAGAAACACCUCUCACCUCAUCCUCUUCGACUCAGCAGCCUGUCAACACUUCAGCAACACCAUCUUCUUCCUCGUCUUCUCCUCCUGCCCCUCUUAUCACUGAAUCAGAGUCCAAGGUUCCCCCUCUGUCUUCCUCCCCUUCUGCAGACACAUUGGACACGCGCCCCUCUUGCCGUCACCGCUUUUCCCCACAUCUUUCAGUCCGGGUGGAAACAAACCCAGGCUUCCCACCGUAUGUCGAGGAGUCACCUGCAGGUCGAUUAUCCCAGUCCGAGGAGCCCUCCUCUCUGUCUGAGUAGCAGCGUCCUCCUCCAUGCAGCCUCUGAGCCCCAUCACAAAACACAAAGACAUACAUGCAUGCACAAAAAGAAACGCACAUUCUCAACACCCCAUCUGCCAAAAUUCUGCCUACAUCAUACCUGUCCAGCGGUUUACUGUCCCCUGAUGUAGAAAGUUUUACUAGAAGUUGGAGAGGUAAAAAAACCUAAGAGUAGAGCAGAAAUAUCAAUCAAACUGUUUUAAAAUGACACUUCAUUGAGAUAUAUUUUUAAGUUUAAAUUAAGGCUGGCAACUUUAACAGGUUUGAUUGAUCAGGUUUGUUUUUUUUUUUAACACGUAUUAAUCAUGACUUUUCCCACUUCCAAUGCGAAUUUUCAUCGAGCCUUAUUUACUGAAAGUAGCCCUAAAAAACUGUGAUGCAGUGAAACAAGAGCGUACGUUACUGAGCGUCAAGUGAUCGAAUGAUAUAUCGAGUUUGAUCUGCUGUGGGAUAUGCUGCACUGGACUAGUUUGUUUUUACAACAAAGAAAAAACAAACCAGGUCAAGAUCCAGGUCAUUAACUCACAAACUCAAUCUACUCACAUAAUCAUGAAGCUGCAUUUGAGUCAUUCACAGCAUGUGGAGGCAUAGUGCAUACAUUACAGUGGGGCGAUCUGACUUCUAAACCGUAUUUUGAGGAGGUAGUGAAACAGGUGCCUUCUGUAGCGUUCAGUGUCUUUGAUUACUUGAGCUGCGUGGCAACAUCUGGCUAAAAUUGUCCAAGUGCAAAUAGAGCUUUCUUAUUGGUCCGGUGUUUUCGUUCAUAAACGUUGAGGUAUAGGCGCCUCUGUAUUUGUAGCUGUGGGAGUCGAAAUCUGAUUGAUCACCCCGGAAUCCCUCUCUAAAAUCCAAACUAAAUUACUUGGACUAUAUUGGAAGAAGCAACAAGUAGCUUUCUUUUGUUUCAGUGUGGCACCUUUUUAAGUUCUGUAUUUUUCGCACUAUGAGGUGUACCUGAUUAUAAGGUGCACCAUUGAUGAACGCGUCUAUUCUCGUCUGUUUUCAUACAUGAAUCGCACCGGAUUAUAAAGCGCAUUAAGCCAAACAAAACAGUCAGAUAAAUCAAACUUUAUUUUAACUCAUUCAAUAACUCCGCGAGGCUACAGUAGCUGCAGUGCUCCGACAAGCCAAAAGGAUUUUAACUGCGCCUUAUAGUGCGAAAAAUACUAUAUCUAAAAUUACUGAUGAUAAACACAAGUCAUCUAAAACAGAUUAACUAUGGGCCUCCACUUCGAUUAACUUUGAUGACUCUUUUUAAUUAAUUGACAGCAUUUGUUUAAAGUUUAUGCCAGCAAAGAUGUGGGACGGUGGGUUUGAUUUUAACUCAAAACACGAAGGGGAUAGCUUUAAUCUCAUCUCAAAAGGAAUGGGUACUUUUCCACAAAUGUGAAGUUCUGCGCAGAACUAAACCUAGUUUUUAACACGAUAUCCGAGCUAUAGGUACAUCUCUAAAAUCACGUUAAUGUUCCUCUCAUUUCAACCCCACGCUCUUCACUCUUGUCGCUGAAUAUUUCGCAGUGUUUGGGAGUUCUCUGUCGUCCUGUGUAUGUGCCAUGAAGUAAUAAGAAAUGGCUCAGGUAUGUCGAGAGCGAAGAUAGAGGACUUAUAACAUAAUCGCAUUUCAAACAGUGACAAAGUCUUAACAUUUCAUAAAGUCGACAGAUUUCUCUAUCAAAAACAAAAUCAGUUUUCACUGCUGGGAGAUGGUAGUCAGGUGUAAAAGUGAAAACACAAAGACUGAAUGUUUCUCGCGGCCAUCAUAUGACUUCAAGCCUGGUGCUAAGCAGACGAUUUCUUGUGUGGUGGUCGAGUUAAAUGUGUGAACUUCAUUUCAUGUGUCAUACUUUCUCUGAUAUAUAUGGCUCCAAUAUCUGAAUCCCAUUUGUUUGGCUGGUCCCAGCAAAGGAAAAAAAAAGAAUCAGUAAUUCUUCUCAUCGCCAAACUUUUGUAUCAUAGCCAGAGAGAUGUUAUUUUUAAAGUCAUUUUUACAUUUCCGCUUUAUUCGACAGCGAGGAAAGAGGCCGCUGUUUACACGUGGUCUUAAGCGUCUGAGGAUGAGGAGGGUUUAGUCACCCGCGGAGUCGGCAUGGGGCCGUCAUUUUAUCAUCACUUUGAGCUUUACUUCAUUCAUUCGCUCAUCCUCUGCUCUUCUUUGCCUUCCAUCACUCCAUCUAUAACUCUGUAUCAGGGUCAAUGACGUGACGCCUAACUAUUCUGUCCGGCUGUAUUUUUUCUAAGUUAAAAAAGGUUUAAAUGCACAAAAAUAUACUUUGUAUAUGUAGUUUCUCUCUCAUAUAUGUAGUCAAUUCAACUUUUCAAAAAUCAGGUCUUAUUUGUAAUUAAAAUAUCAUGUGGUGCGACCAAUAAUAACAUUAAUUGUAUUAAAAUACAAACUAAAAUAUCUAAUUUCUGUAACUGAAACAUUAAUACCUGAUAUGGUACGCUUACGUUCAAGGUAGUUUUAAAACAUUUUAUCAGUGUAAAGCGACCGUGACAUUAUAGAGCGAAAAUGUGAGAUCAUUAUUUACAUCUAUCUACUUGAUAUUACUAAGAAUUUGUAAAAAAUGAUUAUGUUGAAAAAAUAUAAUAUUUUUGAGAUAAAUGAUGGUCGCACCACAUGACAUGACAUGAAAAAACACAAAAAUUGCGUAAUUGAAAAAUUCUACAUUUUUUUGUACACAACAUCCUUAGUGUUUGAAGAUAUUCUUAUUUUUGCUUUUUUGAAAUUGGCAUGUUUAAAAACCUUAUACGUCAUUGACCCACCAACCAAUCAAAUCAAAGCUCCCGUGUCUUCUUCGACCAUCAUUUUCCUCCUCCUCCUGCUGCUGCUGCUGCUGCUCUGUUAUUUAUUGAAAUGCUCCUCCCAGCAAAUUGAGCUGUGCAAUAGGAGAGCUUUGUUUUAUUUUCAUACAUUAACAUGCACAUGCUCAGGGGGUCCCUGCACUCAGCAAAAAGGAAGGAAGAGAGUUCUGAGGACUGAAAGACGAGAACUUUGUGAAUGCCUGAGAGUUCCCAUGCGCUCUUACAUGUCAAGCUUGCAUGCUGCCGCUGUUACCAUGUAUUAUUUUUUUUGCUUUCUCCCACUUUGCACUAACUUUUCCUGCUUUUUUUAUUUUAUUUUUUAUGACAUGUACCUUCUUGUCCUUGUUUUUCACUAUCAUUGGGACUAAUGUCAUUUCUACUAGCGAUGCUCCAAAGCCGUUCGGUGGCUGUCAGCAACCAAACCCUCUGACGUGUUUAUGUAUGAGGAAACAGCCCAAUCUGUAUGUGUGUAAUGUAUAUAAAUGUUGCUCUGUAUGGCAUCUGUAUUAAACCAGAGGAGUGUUGUUAUAUAAUUAAGUUCAGGGCUAGAUUUCCAAAGCUUUCCAGCCGUUUGAGCUUCGUGUUUUUGUGAACAAAGACAAACUUGAGGCUGAGAAGCUUUGGGGACAAGAAAAAUAGCUUUCUGAUCUUGGAGACCAGCCAGUGUUAUUGCUUCUCCUCACUGUAUGACGCAUCCUCAUGCUGGUGUGAUCACUCCGGUGCCCUCUACUGUUAGGAGUGGGAUCAGCACGGUGCAGACGGUGCAGGAGAAGCACUAGUUAAACAUAAACAGUAUUAUUUCUACCACUAUUACUAAAAGGUCUUAUUGCGAUGAAUGAAUUUCCUGUUUUUAUUGGAAAGCGUUGGCUGCAGGGCUAAGAAUGAAUACAUGGUAAAUGUAGGAUUAAACCUGGCCAACGCUGUUUAACUGUUUGUGUUUAUUUUUUUUUUUUUUAAGAGAUGAACUGUAGAGUUUGAUGUAUUUGCACAUGUUCCAGUGAAAGACGAAUAUGAGGACUUUACCGUAUUCUUGAAUGACGUUUUAUUAUCAGCUCCAUUUCUCAUUGACUUUUGAUUUACAACCGAGCACUUGAAAAUGGUUACAUGUGUUUUAAACUGCAUAAACGACUUGUUUUCAUUGUGGAGCACUGAACUGUCACAUACUCGAUGAGAUGAUAACUGUCAUUGGAAACUGAAUGUGAAUGUGCAUUACAGUAUUAAACUGUCGGAGAAGCCUGUCAGCUGUUUAUUCCA